AUGACCCAGAAAGCAUCGACCUUUGUUAUUUAUCCAGGGCAGGUAAUAUCUGCUUCUGCAAGAGCAGAAAACAAGCAUCUCAUGCUUUCAAUUGCAAGUGCAGAUCCGUCUUUGAAGGAAGAGAAAAUUACGUUGUCCGCCAACAACGUUCCAAUCUGUACAUUUUCGUCAAAUCAAACAUUAGUUAAGGUUGAAAAUGUAGAAAUUACUGAGAAAGAAAUACAUUUUUCAGUUACCGAGGGCAAAUCACCAAUUAGAAUUUGCUUCACUUCAGAUCACAUCGAAGGCCCAAACUUCAUAAGAAUUGAGCCCAAGAUCAAAUGGAAUGUCCAAAUAGUGAAGUUUCCAAAGGUAAUUUCCAACCAAGUCAAUAAGAUCAGGAAUAACGCUAGACCAUUGAUUGAAUUGGCUUUCUACAUGGGAUUCAUGUUUAAGGAACCAUUUUAUCCGCUCAGGCAUUUCAAUUUCACACAAGAAAUCAACGAAAUCGUAAUCGAAGCAAUUAAAGAUUUUGUUAAGGAUCCAGAAAAGACGAUCAUUGAUUUUGUCAAGAUUGUUGAAGGUAAUGUAUUAAACCAGCAUACCAUUUACUUAGGCUUGGCCCACAUUUUCAUCCAAACAAUCAACCAGUUCCCAGAUCUCACCAAUCUUGUCAUCAACGAGAUUACCAAGUCAAAGUUCAGCCUCGAGAUACUUCCAAUGAUCGCUUCCUCGUCUCAAUCGAACAAACUUAUUCCUGUCAUUCCAACAUUGGAGAUUCCGGACAAAAUCAGCCCAGAAGCACUCGAAGCAUGGCUUGAUUUCUGUGCUCUUAGUGGCGCCUCAGUUCCAAAGCCUCUCUACGAUCAUUUCCUUAAAAUUACAACACGCCGCCAGCUUCGUACAUUAAUUCCAAACUAUAUCGAUAACGAGCCACUUACAGGCGAGGAGAUCUCAAUAUCUCCAACCAUUGCAGAAUUACCGAAAUCUCCAAGCAGAUCUCCAUCCCACUUCUAUUCCAGCCAGAUCCUCGACAGAUCCCGCAACAGCACCAUCAACGAAUCUACCAUGGAAACAUCCGAGAUUCUCCCAACCGGAUCUCCUAUCCGACCAAGCCGUCAACAGAAACAAGAAGAAGAAGCUCCUGUUGUAUCCCGCGAACUCAAGUUUGAUGACACUGAUCUUAUGGAAAACGAAGAACCGAAGAAGAAGCAGGAAGAAGAAGAAAGAAAGAAGUUGGAAGAAGAAAAGCGUAAGUUUGAAGAAGAGAAGAAGAAAUUUGAGGAAGAAAAGAAGAAACAACAAGAAGAAGCCAAGCGCAAGGCUGAAGAAGAAAAGAAGAAGCAGGAAGAAGAGAAGAAGAGACAAGAAGAAGAAAAGAAGAGAAUUGAAGAAGAAAACCAGCGCAAAUUAGCUGAAGAAAAGAAGAGACUCGAGGAAGAAGCAAAGCGCAAGGCCGAAGAGGAAGAAAAGAAGAGAGCUGAAGAAGAAGCUAAGCGUAAGGCAGAAGAAGAAAAGCAAAAGGCUGAAGCUGAAGCAAAGCGCAAGGCAGAAGAAGCAGAGGCUCAACGCAAGGCUGAAGAAGAAAAGAAGAAACAAGAAGAGGAAGCCAAACGUAAGGCAGAAGAAGAGAAGAAGAAACAAGAAGAAGCAGAAGCUCAACGUAAGGCCGAGGAAGAAAAGAAGAAAGCCGAGGAAGAGGCUAAGCGCAAGGCUGAGGAGGAAGAAAAGAAGAGACAAGAAGAAGCUGAAGCAAAGCGCAAGGCAGAAGAAGCAGAGGCUCAACGUAAAGCUGAAGAAGAAAAGAAGAAACAAGAAGAGGAAGCCAAACGUAAGGCCGAGGAAGAAAAGAAGAAGGCUGAAGAAGCUGAAGCUAAACGUAAGGCCGAGGAAGAACAAAAGAGAGCCGAGGAAGAGGAAGCCAAGCGUAAAGCUGAAGAGGAAGAGAGAAAGAGACAAGAAGAAGAAAAGAAGAAGGCUGAAGAAGCAGAGAAGAAGAGACAACAAGAAGAAGCUGAGGCCAAACGCAAGGCAGAUGAAGAGAAGAAGAAAGCUGAUGCCGAAGCCAAGCGUAAAGCAAACGAAGAAAAGAAGAAGGCGGCAGCAGAAAAGAAGAAACAAGAAGCAGAAGCCAGACGCAAGGCUGAAGAAGAGAAGAAGAAGGCUGAGGAAGAGGCAAAGCGUAAAGCUGAAGAAGAAAAGCAAAAGGCUGAAGCCGAGGCUCAACGUAAGGCAGAAGAAGAAAAGAAGAAACAAGAAGAGGAAGCCAAACGUAAAGCUGAAGAAGAGGAAAGAAAGAGACAAGAAGAAGAAAAGAAGAGACAACAAGAAGAGGAAGCCAAACGUAAAGCUGAAGCUGAAGCUGAAGCUAAGCGCAAGGCUGAAGAAGAACAAAAGAAGAAGGCUGCUGCUGAAAAGAAGAAACAAGAGGCAGAAGCCAAACGUAAAGCCGAGGAAGAACAAAAGAAGAAACAAGAAGCUGAAGCAAAGCGCAAGGCUGAAGAAGAACAAAAGAAGAAACAACAGGACGAAGAAGCCAAACGUAAAGCUGAGGAAGAAGCUAAGCGCAAAUUAGAAGAAGAAAAGAAGAAGCAACAAGAAGAAGCUGAGGCCAAACGCAAGGCAGAUGAAGAGAAGAAGAAAGCUGAUGCCGAAGCCAAGCGUAAAGCAAACGAAGAAAAGAAGAAGGCAGCAGCAGAAAAGAAGAAACAAGAAGCAGAAGCCAGACGCAAGGCUGAAGAAGAGAAGAAGAAACAACAAGAAGAAGCAGAAGCCAAGCGUAAAGCUGAAGAAGAAGAAAAGAAGAAACAAGAAGAACAGCGCCAACUCCAAAUUGCCCAAGAAAAGAAGGCAACAGAACAGCGCAAAGAGGCACAACAAUCCGCCAGAAACCAGCCACAGCCAAAGAACGUUGUUGAUGAGAACUCCAAACCACUCAGCCGCGAGAAACACAUCAACGACCGCAAGCAGACAGCAAAGAACGCAAAGAAGAACCGCAACAUCCAGUCACGCGACAUCUCCGGCAUCACCAAGACACAAGGCGAAGUCCCUGUCGAAUCACAAGAACCAGCUGACGACGAAAUCGUUGUUGUCAACAGCCAAUCAUCAGAAAAACUUCCUGUUCAACCACGCGAGAAAGUCGAACUCGAUCCAAACGAGUAUCCAAGCCUCACAUCUGCUCCAAUCGCCCAAAAGAAGUCAUACGGAUGGGGAGCACUUCAACUCGACAACACAGGCGAAAACGUUGACUCCAAGAAGUUCGGACAGACAAAGAAGCCGAAGUACUACAACGAUGACAGGAGACAGCGCCCAGAUUACGAGUUGAGAGUUGCACACAGAUACUACGCAAUGAUGGAGCAGCAGGCAGAGGAAGAAAAGCCUCAGGCAUCGAACACAAAGACACGCGAUGUCGAUCUCACAGAUUUCGGAAAGGAAGAAUCGAUUGUUUCAGAGAACAAAUUCGCUUAUCUCCAAGACGAAAUCGAUGAAGAGACAAAGAAGCAGAUUGAAGAAGAGAAGAAGAAGCGCGAGGAACUCCGCAAGGCAGAGGAAGCAAAGAAGAAGGAAGAAGAACAGCGCAAAUCUCAGGAACAACAAGUCAAAGAGACAGAAGAAGAAAAGAAACGCCGCGAACAACAAGAAAAAAAGAGACAAGAAAACGAAGAGAAGCGUCGUUUGGCACAGGAAGAGAAAGAGAAGAAGAAACAAGAACGCCGUGAAAAGGAAAGACAGCGCAAGGAAGAAGAGAAGCAAAAGAAGGAAGAAGAGAAGUUGCAGAAAGAAAGAGAAGCUGAAGAAGAAAAGAAGAGACAAGAACUCGAACAAAAGAAGAAAUUAGAAGACGAAGAAAAGAAGAAACUCGAGGAACAAAAGAGAAAAGAAGAAGAACAAAAGAAGAAAGAAAUCAAAUCCCAGAAAGAAAAGGAAGAAAAAGAAAAACUCCAAGCACAAAAGAAGGAAGAAGAAACUCACAAACAAGAAGAAAAAUCUCGUGAAGAUGCUCUUAUCCAUCAGCAAUUCCUCGAUUCAAUUUCUUUCGCUAACGAAGCUCUCAGCAAACAGAAGCCAAAGAUCUUAGAACAAAUCCCUGAAGCUGUUUCUCAGCCAUCCAAACAAAAGAACGCCCAGAAACAAGCUCCGAAAUCUCGUUCCGCAGCUGUUCCUUGGAGCAUGAUCGACCUCAAAGGUGACGAGGAAAUCAACGUCAACCAGACAAUCGCUGGAAAAUCACAGCCAAAGAAGUACUCCGAUGUUCCUGAGAGAGAUCCAAACAACUACCAGCUCCAGUUGUUGGACAAACUCGACCAGAAACGCCAGUCUUCUGCAGAAACAGCUGACAAACGCCGCCAGCAGCAGUUCGUUGAUGAAUCAAUGAAUGAAGAUGUUGUCAUCGAGUCAUCAAAUACAUUCGCUAAUUUGGUUGACGAAGAAAUGCAGGAGUCAAUCAAACAGCAGCAGGAAGAGAUGAGAAAGGCGAAGGAACUCGAAGAAAAGCAGAAGCGCGAGCAACAAGAACAAGAAGAAAUGAAACGCAAGGCAGAAGAAGAGAAACGCCGCCAAGAACUCGAAGAAAAGAAGAAGAAAGAAUUAGAACAAAAGCAGAAGGAAGAGGAAGAAAAGAAGAAGAAAGAAGAGGAAGAAAAGAAGAAGAAAGAAGAGGAAGAAAAGAAGAAGAAAGAAGAGGAAGAAAAGAAGAAGAAAGAAGAGGAAGAAAAGAAGAAGAAAGAAUUAGAACAAAAGAAGAAGGAAGAAGAAGAAAACAAGAAGAAACAAGAAAUAGAGCAAAAGAAGAAACAAGACGAAGAUAAGAAGAAGAAACAAAAAGAAGAACAAAAGAAGAAGCAGGAAGAAGAAAAGAAGAAGAAACAAGAAGAAUUAGAAAAGAAGAAGAAACAAGAGGAAGAAGAAGAAAAGAAGAAGAAGAAAGAAGAAAAAGAACAAAAGAAGAAACAAGAAGAAACUGCUGUAAAGAAUGUUAAAAAGACAACUAAGGCUGCUAAAUCUGUCAAAGUUGUUGAAGAAGAGGAAGAUACAAUAGUUGAAAAGGCAAUCACUAAGCUCCUUGUUUGUGGAGCUGGCCUUGUCGUUUGUUAUGCAGCUUACCUUUUCUCUACUAAAUUUUUAUAA